AUGAAUCCCUACAGUAACGCGGCCCCUCCUCCAUACUCGGCCCCGGACCUGCAGGAUAACUCCCAUGAUGCACCUGUGUCCCCCUCGGUGUCGCCUCCGCUCGUCCAGACGGGUCAGAGCUCUCUGACCCGCAGCUCUCCUCCCAGUCGGGCCUCGUGGGACCAGCGUGGCGGUCCAUCCCUGUUCCGGUCGCCCAGCUCCGCCCUGCCGGGCUUCAGUGUCAGAGCCCCGGCGGCGAACCCGUACCCGGCCCCCAGCAGCGCCGCCUCCUGCUGCCACGUGUCCGUCAUCAUCCCCGACGCCGGGCCUCGGUGCUCCGAGGACAGCUGCCCGGACCUGGAGUGCUCCAUCUGCUUCAGCCAGUUCAACAACGUGUUCCGCUGCCCCAAGAUGCUGCAGUGCCAGCACACCUUCUGCCUGGAGUGCCUGGCCCGCAUCAACGUCAAGUCGGCCGAGCCCAACGCCAUCCAGUGCCCGCUGUGCCGCAGCUUCACGCCGCUGCCCGCCCUCGGCCUGCCCAAGCUGGACACGGACUCCGACGUGCUGUCCUGCCUGCCGGCCGCCAUGCAGAGAGUCUACAGCAUCCGCUUCGUCCGCAACAAGGGGAAGCUGCAGGUCAAAAGGCCGGCUGAGAGCCAGCGGCGGUGGGGUCGGAGGUCGCUGGCCUCCCUGCGGUCGGUGAACCGCUCUCUGGACGUGGGGCUUCCCAGCCCGCCUGCAGGGGGCGGCGGCGGCGAGGCGGGCGGCAUGGGCGGAGCUCUGUUCAGGCUGACGGGGCAGCCGGCGUGCCGAGCCUUCCUCCUGACGUCGGUGGUGAUGAUGCUGGUGAUCCUGACGGGCAUCAUCAUCUUCCUGAUCACCUUCAGGGACGACUGAGCGCUUCACGUCCCGCCAACCCGUUGUGGAAAAAACCAGCGACGCUCCACGGAGUCGAGGGAAUUUUAUGUCUGAAUGGAGCUAAUGAGCAACAUCUGUGCUGCGGCUCAAUCGGAUCCAGAUGUGCAGUAAAAGGCUCCAGUCCUGCUGUGGGAACCUGGAGGAGACGGACUCGUUGUUCUUUAAGCUGUUUCCUUCUUCUUUUAUCCUCUUAUUUAUUUUAUCUGCUUAAUAAUAAAUUAUCUAUUUUUU